AUGCUCCCCAUCGCCAGGCCGGCGUCGCGCCUAGCCCACGCCCGCAUUGGCCUGCACACCACCGCUAACCUCCGGAGAUGGCAGCCCGUCGCCGCCCUCGCCCUUCGCCAUAACCUCCCGUCGGCGUUCGCCCCGCAACGACGGCUCUACUCCUCGGGCCUCCCUCCUUCCUCCCCUCCCCCUCCGCUGCCAAGCUCCUCCGCCUCGAAAGAAGAGAUUAAACAAGCUUCUCCGACAAGCGAUCCCUCCAUGCCAAGCUCAGAUGCCACGACUUCGAGCUCCACCUCAGCUCCCAACUCGAACUCGACAUCGUCGUCGUCCUCGUCCUCAACCACGAACAAUGACACCACCAGCACAUCCUCCGAUCCCAACUCGUCGAAACCAAACCCCGAAGAUCCCCUCCCCGAGAUGGCCACCAAGAUCUACACCGCCUUGCCGCCCGCUCUUUCAGAGAAGCUCUCUCACCUCAUGGACACUCUCCAAACCCGCCUCCUGACCGCCUCGACGACCCUCAACACUCUCACGGGCUACGCCCCGAUCGAGGCCAUAAAGCACCAAAACACCCUCCUCGAGAACCGCCUCGCCGAGGCCCAGUCCCUCGUCCGCACCGCCCGCGUGACCUACAAGACCACGAACGCGAAACGCGCCACCACCCAGCGCGAGGUCACCACCCUCCUCGCCCGGAAAGAGAUGUGGUCCCCCACCGACCUCGAGCGCUUCACCCAGCUCUACCGCCAAGACCACUCCCUCGAGCAGGAGGUUUCCGCCGCCGCCGAGGCCCUCACCGACGCCGAGCACGCCGAGCAGGCUCUGGGCCAGCAGCUUAACGCGGGGAUUCUGAAGCGCUACCACGAGGAGCAGAUCUGGUCGGACCGCAUCCGGCGCGCGUCGACGUGGGGUACCUGGGGUCUGAUGGGCGUCAACGUCCUGCUGUUCAUCGUGCUGCAGUUCGUCGCCGAGCCGUGGAAGCGGAGGAGGCUCGUGCUCGGCGUUGUCGAGGAGGAGAAGGCUGUUCUCGAGGGAGUGACGGCUGAGUUGGCGGGAUUGAAGGCGGCGUUGGCGCAGCGGGAAGCGACAGACGCCGCCGCCGAUGCUGCGACCAAGGCCGCGGCCGUGGCGCCAGUGGUGAUUGAGGAAGAGACGCUCGUCACAGAGCCCACGGGUGUGCCGGCGGCGGCAGCGGAAGCGACAGCAGCAGGAGAGGAAUCUCUGGGUGCCAAGCUCAAGGAGCCGGCUGUCCAGCACGAGAUGGAGCGGGAGGUCGCCAGUGCCCUUGAAGCCCUAGAGCAAGAGGUCCCUACGCCCAAGUCGUGGCGCGAGUUCCUCACCGAUCCUGCGCUUCCAGCGCUGUUGAAGGCGAGAUUGGUCGAUCUUUACAGCGAGCGCCAUAUCGACCUGCGCAUGCGAGACGCCUCGAUCCUUGCUCUCGAGGGUGCCGCGGCCGGAGCAACCUUGGCAGGAGGCAUUGCACUCCUGCUCUUGCGAAGAACAUAA